AAAAAACCUCCUAAAAAUUUCGAUUGUUGUGUCUAGCAGCUAGGUACUGUAUACGACUGUACGAGAUAGCAAUCAUCGGAGGUGACAUUCGGGACGCCCUCGUAAAUCAUUAUUUGAAUACUACUUCCGGUCUGGAUAUUGUUACCCAGACUAGCUCUCCUGAUCGCGCAAAAUACUGGUUUCUUUAUUUCAUGUGGCAGACUUUAUGGUGGUAGCGAGCUUUGGUAGAUUGUUCUAUCCCAGUGCAAGAACCUGCCGCGCCGGUGUAUUAGUACCAUAUUUUAAUCAAGUCAAGCACCUGUUUUUAUCCGCAAGAAUGGAAGACGGAGACGUGAAGCUGAGCAAGAAUGAACUGAAGCGUCAACAGAAAGCAGCACAAAAGCUGAAGGAAAAGGAAGACAAAGUGGCUGGUUCUGGCGCACCGGAAGCCGCUAAGAAAAAGGAAAGGGACCUCUCUCCCUUGGGAGUGCAGAAACCUCUGGACCCCACCGAUCCUGACGAAUAUUUCAAGUUUCGUGUCGAUACGCUUGCUGCGAUGAAAUCUGCGGGAGAGAAUCCAUAUCCGCACAAGUUCCACGUGGACACGUCACUCGUGCAGUUUGUGGAAAAGUUCAAAAAUAUUGCUGAUGGCGAGCAAUUAUCUGAUUUGGUCAGCGUCGCCGGAAGAGUCCAUUCUAAGAGAGAAUCUGGAGCGAAAUUGGUUUUUUAUGAUCUUCGUGGAGAAGGCACAAAGAUUCAAGUUUUGGCCAAUGCACGGUAUUAUGGAAACGAAAAAGAAUUCGAAGGGAUAAAUGACCGUAUACGACGUGGUGAUAUUAUCGGAUGCGUCGGAUAUCCUGGCAAAAGUAAAAAAGGCGAACUGAGCAUCAUCCCACAACGGAUGGAAGUUUUAACGCCAUGUUUGCGAAUGCUUCCCAGUAUGCAUUUUGGAUUGCGUAAUCAGGAAACACGGUAUCGUAUGCGCUAUCUGGAUCUGAUUAUGAACGACUACGUGCGACAGAAGUUCGUCACUCGGGCGAAGGUCAUUCAUUACGUCCGUGAAUUCCUCAAUAACUUGGGAUUUCUGGAAGUUGAAACUCCUAUGAUGAACAUGGUAUCCAGUGGGGCUACGGCUAAACCGUUUAUUACGCACCAUAAUGAUUUGAACAUGGACUUGUUUAUGCGAGUUGCGCCGGAAUUAUAUCUCAAGAUGCUGGUUGUGGGAGGUAUUGACCGUGUGUACGAGAUUGGACGCAAUUUUCGCAACGAAGGCAUUGAUCUGACGCACAAUCCGGAGUUUACCAUGUGUGAAAUGUACAUGGCUUACGCGGAUUACAAUGAUUUAAUGGCACUUGUUGAGCAAAUGCUAUCAGGGCUUGUUAAGUACAUCACCGGUGGAUACAAGAUCGUUUACCAUCCAAAAGGACCGGAAGGUGAAGCGAUGAAUAUUGAUUUCACGCCGCCGUGGAGGCGCGUAUCCAUGAUGGCUGAACUGGAAAAGAAGCUCGGGGUGAAGUUGCCACCGGCCACAGAAAUACAUACUGCCGAGUCGCAGAAGAUUCUCGACGAUCUAGCGGUGAAGCAUAAGGUUGAGUGUCCUCCACCUAGAACGGUUGCUCGCCUUUUGGAUAAGUUGGUUGGGGAUUUUGUGGAAGUGGAUUUAAUCAAUCCCUCAUUUUUAUGCGACCAUCCGGCCAUUAUGAGUCCAUUAUCCAAGACGCAUCGCUCUAUUCCCGGGCUGACAGAACGUUUUGAAGCAUUUUGUGGAACACGGGAAUUAACCAAUGCUUACACUGAAUUAAACGAUCCUAUUGUGCAGCGCCAGCGUUUCGAAGAACAGGCAAUAGCAAAGGAACAAGGUGACGAAGAGUCUCAGAUGAUAGAUGAGAAUUUUUGCACAUCCUUGGAAUAUGGUCUUCCUCCCACGGCCGGAUUGGGCAUUGGUAUUGAUAGAUUGACAAUGUUUCUGACCAAUUCCCAUAAUAUUAAGGAGGUCUUAUUUUUCCCGGCUAUGCGGCCGUGGGAUGGAAAAACUGACGUCAUUGAGGGAACGGAAGACCAGCCGAGAGUAACUGCAACUGGAGAUGCUCCAGCUAAGAAGCCAGAGAAACCAGCUGAACACCGUUCGCUUCUGGGAAAGAGUUACAAUUUCACAGUGGAAAACAAAGUCUUCUUGGCUCUUCCCAAAUUAACGGUAUUUUUUGCUUGUGUUCGCCAAAUCGACCUGGAACGCAUUGAUCACGAAGGCAUUAAGACAAUGCUCGAACAAGCUUGGAAGACUGCUCACGCACAAGUAUCCGGUCAUCCCAACGUGCAUAGCCAUCCGCACAUCCAGUUGUGGCGGAAUGCGUUUACCGCACUGAAUGUAUCCACGAAGAAAUACGUCAGUUCAGUGGAGAGCAUGGCGAAGCGCGCGGCCAGAGCGGACACGCUACCGCACUCGAUUAAUCCUUUGGUUGACCUGUACAACGCUUUUUCUCUCAAGUAUCUCCUGCCCUUUGGUGGCUUCGAUCUGAAUGCGCCGACCAGCCAGGAUCUGCAGCUGCGCUUCUCUCAGAAUGGCGAUCAGUUUACGGCCUUGGACGCGGAUGCCAGCGUCGCUGUGCCGCUUGGUGAGGUCGUAUAUGCAUCGGGAUCCACGGUGGUGACCCGGCACAUCAAUUGGAGACAGUCGAAAGAAGGACUGAUUCAGGACUCGUCUCGCGAUGUUUGUUUUAUGGCGGAAGUUCUUGGAGGUUAUCCUCAAGACCAGUUGGUAGAAAUGCAGCAGGAAUUUCAAAAAGCGUGCCGGCAAUUGUUGCACGCGGAAGCGGAAAUACACCUCAUCACAGAAAGUACUCCGGGUGUUUCUUACGGUGAACCUACAUAAAUUUACGCCUUUACGUAAUAUGCUUCGUGGAUUCGCAUAUGCUAUAGUGAUUCACAAAAUCGUCCCCCGAUGUGUAUUGUUAUAAGUACAGAAUUUCUUUGCUUUGAUUGUUGAUAGCGCAUAAUAAAUUGUGUAACAUAUAAAAAUGCGCACUGUUUGAGGACGUACAUGCAGAAGGAAGAAGAAAGCGUAUAUGCAA